ACAAAAUCAUGAAAAUGGCCGUCUGACCAUCAAUAGCGGCUUUCUGUCAAAAUAGUAAAAUAAGCUAGAGAAAAGCAUUCUAAAUAUUAAAUUAGUUAAUUCUUAGAUAAGUUAAUCUAACCACCUAUAUGAAUCUUCAACGUAGCUUUGUUGAUGGGUUGUUAAUGUCGCAAAGGUCAUUUACACCUAUGCAGUUCAGUGCUUCGUGUCUUGCAUACUGAAGUGUAGUCGCUGUUUACGUCUCAAACUACGAUGAGCGACGAAGGCAGCGAUGAUUCGCCACCACGGCCCAAGCGGAGGAUAAAAAAGGUUCUGGUGUUAUCAUCAGAAUCCGGCUCUGACAGCGAUGAAAGUAUAGGCGCCACGACACGUAGGAAAAGGCUUAGGGUUGUGAGUGACGCGGAGAGCAGCAGCAGUAGCGGGUCGGUGGUGCGCGCGGGCACCCGACAUCGUCGCACCCUGCCCAAACUCAGAGACUCCGAUGCCGACAGUGAUUCGUCCUCGGGCGGCUCCACAAAGAGCCAAAAGAAGCCUGUACCAACAAAUAAACCUACCUCAGGCUUUGCUUCAGAUAGCUCUGAAGGAAAUUCCGAUAAGUGCUCAAUUUGCCUCUUACGUUUUACGGACCAAGAGGUGGGCACUCCGGAAACUUGUGAACACAUAUUUUGUUUGGAUUGCAUCACAGAGUGGUCUAAAAAUGUAAACACAUGUCCGGUAGACCGGAUAACUUUUAACUCAAUUGUUGUAAGAGUGUGUGCGGGGGGCCGUGUCCUACGUACUGAGCCUGUGAAAGUGGUCGAGCGCCGCUCAUCAGUAGACUUACUAUUUGUAGAAGAUCCUACAGUCUGUGAGGUUUGUGGCAGCACAGAUAAUGAGGAAUCUAUGCUGCUAUGUGAUGGAUGUGACCUGGGAUAUCACAUGCAGUGUUUAGUGCCACCUCUCUCAGAGGUACCAAUAGAUCAAUGGCUAUGUCCAAACUGUGAUGACCUACUCAAUGUCAUUCAUUUGUCUGAAGUGGAUGAUUUAUUUUCUGGAAUAGUUGACUUAGACCUGCCUGUAGGGCCUCGCCCAGUGCCUUUGAGAGCUCCUCGGAAUGUCAGGAGGUCCGCACGGAAUGUGAACAAUGCUGAUGAGCCUUCGACAUCGAGUGGGCGUAGAGGCAGUAGUAAUGUUGUCAAUGCUCCGACCACAUCAAGAUCUUCAAGAGUAUCUCAAAGUAGUGGUAGCUCCCGUGCUCCUACGAGGCGCAGGACCACAGGGACUAAACGCAGGACGACCAAAAGGAGAAGCAAAACAGUGAUUAUAGAGUAUGAGGUGCAAGAAAAUGGAAAGUUUCCUGUCACAAAGACAAUAAGAAGGAGACUGAAGAAGAGAAGGACAAAAAAGCGUCAGCCCCGCACGGCGGCGCGCCGUUCGCACGUGCGCGCGAGCGUGCGCGCCAAGCUCGCCGACUUCCGGGAGCCCGGCGCCGCGCUGCCGGCCGGCCCCGGGGCGCUCACGGUGCAGAGACACCGCGCAGGCAUCCCGUCCCUCAGCCUGUUCGGGAACCAACACGAGCUGGAAUAUUUCUCCGAAGAUGAAGGAGUCUCGGAGGGCGCUACCACGGCGGUGGUGGCCCGCCCUACUUCUAGUAUUAUUAGUGCUUAUAGACAGGCCCGAAGAAAGAUGAUCAGCAUUCCUUCUCCGCCGCACGCUUCGUCAGCACCAGACGUUCUUUCGAGCAUUUUAGAAAGUCAAACCUUAUUGCACUCCAAGAAAUCUAUAGUUUCUGUUUCGGUCGAUGGAAACGUCAGUAUUAAAUUAGAAACACGGACUGGAAAUAAAAAUGGUAUCAAAACAAAACCAGAGACACAAAUGAGAGAGGAUAAAAUUGAUUUGUCUAAAGCGGAGGAUACUAGUAGGAAGGCACCUUCGUAUCCUGGUCAGUCUAGAGGUGGGGGCGGCUGGGGAGGCGGCUACAGGGGCAACUACCACCGCGAACAAACCGGGAAUUUCCGAGGUGGAUACGACGGCGGCUACCAAGGCUACCAGCCUCGUCAUCCGGGCAACAAUUACCAGCAGAAUAACUCCCGCAGAGACGACGAAGCGUACGGCGACUUGCCGAGAAGACCGCACCAGUACCUUCAGGACGACGAGUUCGACCGGCGGAGGUCGAUGCCGGAGAAUCGGCCGAAUUUCCCACAAAAUAGGCCGGAACAGGCGCGGUUCGGCAAUAACUGGCAGCCGUACAACGCGCCGCAACGAUUUGAAAACCGCGCGGACGGCCCGCCGUCGGCGCGACACUCUUUCGGUGGCUUCGAGAAUCCCUUAGACAUGCGCACGGGCGCCGCCACUUCGCAAACUACUCCUCUACUCUCUCGCCCCGCGCCACAACCUUAUCGCCCGUUGCCGGAGCCGCCGUCUUUCAAAUUCGACACCAGCCAAACGGCCGAUGUCGACAAGUCUGAAGACGAGAGGAGCGAUCCGGGCCUAGUCAUCGACACCGAGAAAUACGAUCCUACCGAGCCGACCAAUGACGACGACAGCGGGGACGAGGCGGACGCGCCGCUGCCCGCGCCGCCCGCGCCCCCGCCGCCGCCCGCGCUGCCCGCCGCCCCCGCCCCCGCCCCCGCCCCCGCCGCGCCCCCCGCCGUGCCCGCCGCGGUGCUGGACACGGCGGUGCGGCAGGUGCUGCAGGAGCACCGCAGCCUGCUGUCGUCGCCCAGCGCCGCGCCGCGCCCGCCGUCCGCCAGCGACGACGACUCGGACGGCGAUUGUCCCAAUUUCUCCAUCUAUUCGGCGACGAGCGUCCACAUCGCCAAUAACACCGGUAUAAUGCCUAUUGAACAACCACCGCUACCUCCCGUGGAUGACAUGCAGGAUUUGGUGCAAGAAGACGAUGAUAUCACCACUCCGGAAGCGGCGACUCCUGAAACGGGUACGUCGCCUCGGAGUGAUAUUAACGAUUCCAUUUCUAGCAAAAUCAGUGAGGUUAAAAAGAAAGAGGAACAAUAUAAAGAGAAGGUUUCGAAGAGGUGUCCCAUUACAGUUAAUACUCGGAAUCCCAUUAAAAUUAAGUUGAACACGCCUUCACUAAUUAAACGAAGAGUUUCCUUAUAUGACGAUGAUGAGCUGGUGGAGGAAGAGGAACCUGCAACAAAACCGACAGACGAGAUUCCCGUGGAGGAGAAACAAUCUGAAAAACUGAAUGAAAGUUCUAAAGAAUGUACACAGAAUCAUGACGAGCCAAGUGACAAAGAAACAGAACAAUUAGCCACAAAUGAAGUAGCAGAAAUGAAAGAGGUGACUGAGAACAGUGACGAUCGGAAAUCGCCUGAAAUGGACGAGGCGAUAUCUGCGGAGAAAGAUGACGAAAAUAAUGAAGAUGCCACAGAAGCUUCUGUCAAUGGUGAUGAGGAUAAAACGCCAGAAUCUGUUAAAGAUGAUAAAUUAGACAAAGAUGAUAUUGAAUUGGAAAAAGAACACGAAGUGAAAUCUGAGGCGGAACAAUCCGAUGACGAUGUUUCAGAGCCGGAACUGGGACACAAACGCGAACGGGACAAUGACGACGACAGAAACGAGGAGGGUGUGGAAAAAAUGACGGAAUCUAUCAGCGACACUGAAGACGAACGCAGCUACACACCUUGUCUCGAUGAGAAUAAGUCUAAAGAUACGUCUUUAGAGACUGAAAAAGAUAAAGCGCUCGAAGGUCUCGACACUGAAAUGAUAUCAGAAGACGAAGGUAACGAAAUGUUCUCUGAUCAGGAUAAAAUCUCAUCUUUAGCAACGCCGCCCGCCGCUCCGAGACCUGACGAAGAAGACGGGGAGAUCACUGAGAAGAAGAAGGAAAAGGAGGAGAAAGAGGAGGGUAAGAAGAAGAAGAAGAAAGAUUCGAAAAAAGAAGGGAAAGAGAAAACCAAAAAGAAGAAGAACGAAGUCGCUUUUAAGAAGUUGAGUAAAAGCGGGAAAGAGCGUAAUUACCGCGAGCGCGAUAAAGAUAAGAAGAAGAGUCGGGAUUCCGACGCGGAGAAGAAGAAGCGGAAAGAGAAGAGGAAGGAUUUGGAGCGCUACGACGUUCGGACGGUGGUUACGGAGAAGCGGCGGAAAGUGAAGGACCCGUUCGGGCGCGAUGUGUCCCCGCGGCGCUCCGCCUCCCCCUCGCUGUCUCCCCCCCGCCGCCGCUCCGCGUCCCGCGCCGGCCGCUCUCUGUCUCGCACGCGUCUCUCUCCGUCCCGCCCGAGGCGGUCUCUGUCCCGCCCGAGGCGGUCUGUGUCCCGUCCGAGGCGGUCUGUGUCACGAGCGAGGCGUUCCAUAUCGCGGGCGAGGCGCUCCCUAUCACGGCCGAGGCGUUCGUUAUCGCGUCCGAGAAUUUCACUGUCUAGGCCGAGGCGCUCCCCGUCUCGCGGACGCCGGUCCAUUUCUCGCCCGCGGAGAUCUAUUUCUCGCGUCAAAGCGACCGCUUCCCCCCCUCGUCGUUUACGGCGCUCCCCUUCUUUAAGGCGGUCCAUAUCCCGCCCGCGGAGGUCUCUAUCGCGGGCGCGGCCGUCCGCGUCCCGGUCGGCCACGCCCCGGGCGUCACCGAGUCCCCGGCGCCGCUCCGCCGGUCCGGCCCGACGCCGGCGACGCUCCGGUUCCCGUCCGCGGCGGCGGCGUUCGGCUUCGCGCAGCCGCAAACGGCGUCGUUCGCAGUCGAAGUCCCCGUCGCCUAAGCCCAAGGCCGGCAAGCGGCGCCGACGAGCGCGCUCGGAGCGGCGCAAGUCCCGCAGCGAGCGGCCGGCCGCGCCCGCGCCGCGCUGGUCGCCCGCGUCCGUGGACUCGCGCCUGCUGUCCCCGCGCACGCCGCCGCCCGAGGCGCCGCCGCCCGCGCCGCCGCGGCCGCGCGACUCGCCGCGCCCGCGCCACCGGCGGCUCCGAGACAACACGGGCCCGUCGAAGGAGGUGUUCACGUCGGGCGACAAUAUCCUCGUCAGCGUCAGUUUCAAGGAUCAAGACCGACCCCGCUCAGAAAUGUCAGCGGAGCGGCAACGCCGACGCGAGCGCCGCCGCGACAAGAAGCGCCGAAAGCGACAACAACAACAACAGCAACAGCAACAACAAGACCAGCCCGCGCCCCGGCCGGUGGCCAUCAUAGACCUGGAGCGGUCUCCGUUCCGGGAACUCACCCCCGAGGCGCGGGACGUCAUCGUGCUGAGUGACAGUGACCAUGGAAAAGAAACCACAGAAAAAGAGGUAGCUGCGCCUCCGCCGGCGCCGGCCCCGGAGGCGGCGCCGGCGGCCGGGCCCAAGACGCCGCCGGACCCGGGGCCCGCCGCGGCCGCCGCGCCCGCCGCGUCCCCGCCGGGCCCCAGCACGCCGCCGGAGCCGCCGUCGUCGCCCGACGCCUACGACCCCUUCGAGCCCACGCGCUCCGCCUCCGCCUCGCCCGCGCGCUCCCCGCCGCCCGCGCCGCCGCCCGCCGCGCCCGCCCCGCCGCACGCGCCGCCGCACGCGCUGCCCGCGCCGCGCGCCAUGACGCUGGAGGCGGCGCAGAAGACCAACAUGUCCGCCGACGACGUCAUCGACAGGAGGCCGCUCUCGCCCAUGGAGAAGGUGCUGCAACUGCUGCAGUCGACGCGCGACGCGCCGCCUUCGCCGCCGCCGGGCGCGGGGGGUGCCCCGGGCGCUCCCGGGGGCGCGGCGGGGGCGGGGGCGCCGGCGGGGGGCGCGGGCCCCGCCGCGUCCCCGGCGCGCUCCCCGGAGCCCGGCAAGCGCAUCGUGCUGCCGGAGCCCGCCAAGCUGUUCCUCGCCAAGCCAUCGCCCAUCAAGUCGGACCCCAUCAAACCGAUGCAGAUGCAGCCGAGCAAGAUCUCCCGGCUGCCGCUGCCGCGCCGCGCGCCGCCGCCGGACUCCUCGCCGUACUCGCCCGGGGAGUCCGACUUCGGCGAGCUGUUCGAGCCGCCGCGCGCGCGCAGGAAGCACGCCAAGCACGCCAAAGUGCCCGUCAAACUCAGGCAGAAAGGUGGCAAGACGCAAGUGGGCGUGAAGAUCGACGAGGACAACCUGAAGAUCCUCGACGAGCUGCCGUCCUCCGCCGUCGAGAUGCAGGUCAAGAGCAAGGUGCGCGUCCGCGGCAGUUUCCUGAAGAAGCUGAACCGGCAGGAGCGCGUGGUGGAGGAGGUGAAGCUGGUGCUGAAGCCGCACUACAACAAGAAGCACGUCUCCAAGGAGGAGUACAAGGACAUCCUGCGCCGCGCCGUGCCCAAGAUCUGCCACAACAAGUCGGGCGAAAUCAACCCCACGAAGAUCCAGGCGCUGGUGGAGGCGUACGUCAAGAAGUUCCGGAAAAAACACAAGCAGGCCGCCGCGUAGCGCGCAGGCGUAUUGUAAUUAUAAUUUAUGUACGAAUCUUGUAUUUUACUUAAAGACGUCUAAUUUAAUUAUACAGAGAAUAAAUCGUAGAUGGAUUUAUAUAAA